CCCCACCACCACCCGCCUGGUUCGGCUUCAGCUGACUCAUCAGCUGUUAAGUGAGACGCGGGCAGCCACCGAGCGAGGAGGUGACCACGAGAAGGAGCCAUGCUGUGCCGUGCCGCCUCUCCCUCGCUCAGGGCGCCCCGGGCCGCCUUGCUGGUGAAUCAAUGGCUGCAAAGAAGCUACACGUCUGGGUCUGCGCUGAACGAGGUGGUCAUCGUCAGUGCCGUACGUACACCGGUCGGCUCAUUCCGGAGUUCCCUGUCCUCGAUCACUGCCCCCAAACUGGGCUCCAUCGCGAUCCAAGCUGCCGUGCAGAAAUCUGGCAUUCGCCCGGAGGAUGUGCAGGAGGUGUACAUGGGGAACGUGCUGCAGGGCGGAGAGGGGCAGGCGCCAGCCAGGCAGGCGCUCAUCGCAGCAGGUUUGCCAAUCUCAACUCCUGCCACAACCAUCAACAAAGUGUGCGCUUCAGGGAUGAAGGCGAUCAUGAUGGCGUCACAGAGCCUCAUGUGUGGCCACCAGGAAGUGAUGGUUGCGGGCGGUAUGGAGAGCAUGUCCAACGUCCCCUUCAUCAUGCGGCGUGAAGAUCCGCCGUACGGCCGCGUCUCCCUGGAAGAUUUAAUUGUCCACGAUGGACUAACGGACGUCUACAACAAGAUCCACAUGGGCAACUGUGCAGAGAACACCGCACGCAAGUUCGGGCUGUCACGUGAGGCUCAGGACCAGUACGCCAUCUCCUCGUACCAGCGCAGCCAAAAGGCUUGGGAGUCUGGCAAGCUGGUCAAGGAGGUGGUGCCUGUCACCAUCACCAAGAAAGGCAAACCGGACGUGGUGGUAUCGGAGGAUGAAGAGUUCCGGCGGGUGGAUUUCAGCAAAGUUCCCAAGUUGAAGACUGUGUUCCAGAAGGAAAAUGGCACAGUGACCGCGGCCAACGCGAGCACCCUCAACGACGGGGCAGCCGCUCUGGUUCUCAUGACGGCGCAGGCGGCCAAACGGCUGGGCGUCACACCCCUCGCACGUGUGGCCGGCUUUGGAGAUGCUGCGGUGGAUCCCAUUGACUUCCCAAUUGCUCCUGCCUAUGCUGUGCCCAAGGCGCUGGAACACAGCGGUAUCAAGAAAGAAGACAUCGCCAUGUGGGAGAUAAACGAGGCCUUCAGUGUGGUUGUCCUGGCAAACAUCAAGAUUCUGGAAAUUGACCCAGCGCGUGUCAACAUCAACGGAGGUGCUGUCGCUUUGGGUCACCCCAUUGGGAUGUCAGGGGCUCGGAUCGUUGGCCACAUGGUGCAUGCUCUGAAGGCAGGGGAGUACGGCAUGGCUACGAUCUGCAAUGGCGGCGGCGGUGCAUCGGCCCUGCUCAUUGAGAAGCUGUGAGCUACCUGGGCCCCUACAGCGGCACCUUCCCCACAGAUGAUGGUCACGUGGUUGAUGACGGGCGUCCAAGUGAGCACGUACAUUACUGUUGUAGGAUAGAGAUCAACCUCGAAGGUGUGUCAUUUCAGCCAACGGUAAAACAAAUUUGAGUCAACGUUUGUCUAAAUUAUACGAUUUUUGCACACUCGUCCUAGUAAUUGUGUCGCGAAGAUGCUGUGUUUUUGGAGAGUCUUACACAUUAUUCAUUUGGUGAAGCUUGCCCUCUUUAACGGAAUCGGUACAUGCACUCCAAAUAACAUUACUAAGGAAGAGUCGGAAGCCCAUAAGGCAAUCCCUCGCCAACCGCGGAGGUUAAUUUUCCUGGAAAAGGCCGUGGUAGACAAAUCUGCGGUUGGUAAAAUACAAGGCCUAUGGCAAAUAGGGGGUUAGGGGAACCACGGCCAUGGUCAGACUCGUCAUAGCUUAACUAACUUGCCUGUUUGUGAACUAAACAUGAAUAAAAUACAGUGCAUUACACAUCAACAUAAUAAAAUAUAAAUAAACAUUAAAUUAACUUCAUAUAACUUUAAUGUUGAGGGUAGAAGUCCAUUAUUAUGAUGAGAUUAUACAGAUAAUAAACCGUGUGUACAUGAAUUCCGCAGUUGGCAAGGGAUUGCUAUGCUCUAUACAAGUUUCCCGGCUCGCACUCCUAAUUUAUCACAGCACACAUGCAUAUGUCGCCUUUACAUUUCUUAACAUGUCAGGAGUUUCCCAAGCAUAUAGCACUUUUCAUAAGGAUGACCAACCCAGUUUCAUUGUCCUGUAGCCCUCUGAGGUCGAGGAUAAUUCUAGAUCAGCUUCUGUAAUAAUAUAAGCCGACUUGGACAUGGACACGCUUUAACAAUCUAAUUCAUUGCGAUGUUCAAGUCUUGUAUAGCCCAGUCUCAGUCCCAAGGUCAUGUGUAGUUUAACACGUAGGCUUUUAUAACCAAUAUUAUUCAUAAUAAACGUUUUUGGGUUAGAUCGAGUUAUUUAUAAAUGUCACAACCCUCCACCACCCGACACGGCCAAUCAGUCAAGUGUAGCUUCGUUGUUAAACCUCUUGUUGAAUGCAUACCUGCGGUAUUGAUGAGCUUCUCAACAAGCUGACCAAUGUGGUGUGGCCGUUAUGCGCCAGGGGAUUGGCGUGAUGGAGGUCUGCUUGGGUACAUCUACAGAAUUCAGCCUCAGAAGGAACUAGACCCAACUAUUGUUACUUAUCCUCGAGACCUGCGUUGAAGAGAUCCUUGGCAAUUUAUUGUCAAGUGGGACAGGCACAGUCAUUUUUUUUGGCAAACAUUUCUUCGUGUUACAUUUCUUAGUCUAAGUGUUAUUGUGGGUGUCCCUGCCUUCCCACUUUCCCUUGUUUCAAGCAAUGCAAAUAGAGAUGAGAGAAAGUGUUUGGAAGCAUUAAACGUGGGCUAGGGACGACACAGUGUGGAAUAGACUCAAAUGUUGUGCAAAUUAAGCUAAAUGGUUGUACAGAAAUAAAAACAAUUGAGUUCUAA